AUGACCCUUUUGACACGCCGUUCCUUUUUGUCAUUGUUAUUCUUGUGUAUUGUUGCAAGUCAUGUUGCAUUAUGUGUCCCAUCUCGUGAGAAAAGACAUCUAAUGCCAAGACAGCAAGAAGAGGAUGGUAGUGGUAGUGGUGGUGAUGCUGUCACUACAGGCGAUUACUAUUAUACACAACCAUCAUGGGAAGAAGGAUAUGGUGAUGAUGACGAUGGCACAGCUUCAGACACCGGCAGCGCAUCAGCAGCUACACCUACGAAUGAUCCGGGAUCGAGCGGUACUGAUGGUGGUGGAGGAGGAUCCAUGUCGCCAACACCAGCAGCAUCGGAUGAUAAUAACAGUGGUUGGUACUCUCCGACAGCAAGUAACACCAUCGAUAAUGGACAACAACAACAACCCACCUCAACCGAUGCAGCAUCACCUACCAAUGAUCAAACAGCAUCAGCAUCCGAUAACAAUCAACCACCAUCAUCAUCGAGUGAGAGUGAUCAAUCAAUUGUACCAGCAGCAGCAGCCCCUUCUACAUCAUCGGAUGAGCAACAACAACAACAAGAUACCACCACCACUGAUAUCCCACCUACGAGUACAACCGAUCCAGCUGCCGCUACUACUACUACAAUGAGCAACAAUGAUCAAGCUACAACAUCAUCGAAUAAUGAUGCUACUACUACAACAACUACAACUUCCUUUUCAGUGACUUCAUCUACAGCUACACCUUCCUUGGUAUUGGGGUCACAUGAGUGUGCUUCUGAUACCCAUGCUGUCAAUGGUGAAUGUCCCUCUGAUUAUUUUUGCAAUGCAGCUACACAUGCAUGUGUUCAGCUCUUGGCCAACGGUGAUCAAUGUUUUGAAGAUUUCCAAUGUAGCUCAUCUUUUUGUGUGGAUGGCACUUGUAACGAUCAGCCUGCAAAAGAGGGUGCCCAAUUAUCGGGUGGACAAAUUGCCGGUAUCACAAUUGGUUCUGUAGCCGGGGCUGUUGUAUUGAUCGGUGCGUUUAUGUUUUGCAUGAAAAGACGUCGUCGCUAUGGUGGUGGUAAUAACAGCAGCAGCCGUGCUCGCAAGUUUGAACAAAUUCGUGCUCAAGAUGAUGCUGAAGCCGAUGUCAAUAUGGUGGAACGUGGCGAUGGUGGUGUUCGUGACUCUAAAUACAACAUGCUGACCUCCUUAAUGCAACGAGCCAGUGGCGGUCAAACCAUGUCGUAUGGUAAUGUGGGUGCCGAUGCAGCACCACCAGCUAUGGUAGAACAACAACAACAUCAACAACAGCCUUAUAAUACCAUGAUGGCAGUGCCAACAGCAACAACAAACAACCAUCGAGAAUCCAAAGUUCAAGAACCUGUGAUGGAUCAAUGUGCCUAUGAAGCUCAACAAUAUUAUGGUAGCCUUGCCACGGAUGUGGAACCUUCAUCACCUGCCCCUGGUGCUAACCCACAACACAAGAGUUGGAUGACGACUGGAUCGGCUAUUGAUCCUCAUGUUGUAGAACGACCUCCUACCACCUUGGUACGCGAUUCGACCCUCAACAACUUGCAUGCACCUUUAUUCCAUGUCACUGGUCCUGCUGAUCCCAAUACUGUGCCUGCAGGUGGUGAAGCUCACGUGCCCACAAUUCCACCUCCGCCAUCAUCCUCUUCCACGGAAGGUGCCGAAUUAGAUGCUUUCCAAAGUAGACGAUCCAGCUGGCUACUUAAAGAAAUUGCUGAAAGAUGGCGACAAGGUUCAUCCUCAGGUGCACGUUCAUCAGCUAUUGCAGCACCUCACAACGGUGAUCCUCAUUCAAAUACAGGAGCACCCUUAUGGGAUGAUGGUUUAAGUGUCCCAGGCAAAAGAAGCAGCAGCUUGAGCAAUGCAAGUACAAGCCUACACAAUCCAUUCCGAAGUAGCAGCUUGAUGAGUGGUAGUAUCAGUGAUCAAAGUACCAUUACACCAGAACAUCGUCGCACGGAUAGCAUGAUUUCCACUUUGAGGAUGCCACCUCUUGUACGAGAACCGGAUGCUUGGACUGUAGAAGAUAGUAUGUCAUUAACUAGUGAUCCUACAACCACCACUACGACUACUAGUAGUAAUCCACAACAUCAUCCACAACACCCUCCAUCAUCUUCUUAA